AAGUGGCAUAGCUCGGAAAUUAGUAUAGAAGUAAGCUUCUCGUGUUCAACAUUUUUGUUUAUUACCUUAGCAUAUAUAUAUUUUGGCUACACAAGAGAAAAUUUAGAUUUUUUCUCAUUAAAAUUCUCGCACGAUAUCCAGCAAAGCAAAAAGAUAUUUGAAAUUACCCGUGAUUGAAAUUUAGUUUAAAUUUAACAAAUGGCGCAUCGUAUUUGGACUGUGACGAUUAAGAGACAUCGUCUGCUAUCAGUUCCCACAAUAAAGAUACUAAACGUCCAAGUAAACCGCACUCUAAUGGAGAGAAAGAAUCUGCAACCGUUUUUCACAAAGCCAAGCAUUGUAUUCUCAAAGGAGGCCCUCGCGCAUCAUUGGGGGGCAGUACCCAUUGUAGUGAUCACAUUGGUUGGAUUUACCCUGGAAGUAUUGUCCUGGAUUCGCAUAGCCGUCACCCGGGAUGAUGUGUGGUGGACCAAGCACUCGGGAAAUUGCAUGUUUGUGGAGACCCGCAAAGGGUAUCCCGCGCCCAAUCGCAAGUUCUUGACAUUCAAUCAGAAAUAUGAGACUCCACCUGGACUGAUUGAGGCCCUGCAGGGAAAUACGGAUGGCCCUUCGAACGAAGACGAAAAGGCCGACAAAAGUAGUGGUGGGGGCACUAGUGGCAAGAAGAUAGCAACCCAUGUCAUUCUUACCGGUGCUGCCCUCGGCGUGGCCGCUGCCGGUGCCGUAUACUCGGGAGCCAUUUAGAACUAAUAGAAUUCAUAGAAUAGAAGAUGAAAAAAACCCCAACAAGUAGAGGAAAAUGGCUUCGUAUACGGAGGGGUUCAGAUCCGCUUCGAAGUCUUAUUUAUAAUCCUAUUAUCAGAGAUCAUUGGAUAGAAUUGUGCUGCGACCGUAUAAUUAUACUGGGCAACUGUAAAGAGCAACAAAAUUUCAAAUAAAACGCCUAGUCCGCGACAGGACAUAUCAUAUUAAAA